AUGGCUUUCCUCCGUUUUAUGAAACACUUCUUUCAAAACGUCUACGAGUUCAUUACUCGCAUCAGAUAUACACCGAAAGAGACCCCUAUGAACGACCUUGAGCUCGGAAAAGUUCCAAACCCAGCCUUUCAAGAAUUCCCAGCUCCGGUGCUGUCCCUGAACUCCUUUAGCAAACGUUCCUUUGAUUACAAUAAAAUUCCUUUAUAUCCAAUGCCUUCUCAUAACAACACUUUGGAAGUUGACGAACUCCCCUUGUCAGAAAUCGAAGCCAUCAUUGCCGAUUUUCUCCGGACUCCCCUUGGUUCGCACGAUGCAGCCCAUGAGCUUCAAGAUCUAGAGAAAUCCGAAAAAUAUAAUGCUUCGCUUAAGAUAGAGCUGCUAGGUUUAUGGAAAAUGAAAUGGGACGAUCGUGCCUGUGAAAACAUAAUCGACAACCGAGACGAUUCAUACGAGCUACUCCAACACGAAAUUUCAAAUUGCGAUCAAUGCCACCAAUAUAUUUUUGGCGUGCCAAAAGAAGCCAACAUGGUGACCUUUUGCCUUGCGCUCAAGGAGAAGGGAGAGAAAGAAAGAGAACAUCUAUUUUUUAAGAAAACAUUUGAAGAGCUCAUCCCAAAGUGCACAUGGAAUGCACAAUGGUUUCAAACAUGCAUGGAGCAUAUGAGCUAUGACAAUUGGUACACAUGCAUAAAACAUAUGAGCUACAGUAAUUGGUGCAAAGCUGCAAUCGCAGUUGCUUACACAGAAAACAACGCAGAUUUCUUGGAGUUGAUGAUGCAAAAUAUCCACCCAGGCAUGCGGCAAGAAAACGAAUUCAAGUCUGCCCUGUUGAUCAAGAUUGUGGAAACAGCAUGUUGGCAUAGUUCCCGUCGUGUUGUACUUUCUUUCACGCGAAGUCUCGAAAGCCAAACACCAGGAACCGAGGAAACCACUACUGAAGGGCUUGAUAAGCCUGAGGAGGUUACUAUUCAAAAGGUUCGGGCUCUUGGAGACAUCAGAAUCAACUCGUCGGUUUUGCAUGAUUUACAACUUGAUACGACAAACGCAGGGCUCUACGAAGUCACCAGAGUGUUAGGCAACCUGUCUAGAAUUUGA